UUGUGUGUAUGGGCAGAAAAGUACGUACUGGAUUUCCGGGUGUCAGGUGUUGGUCAAGCACUCGGGGUAACUCACCUUUCGGACAAUAUGCUCUUUCGUUUUAUAAUGGCGUAUUAAGACAUUUGUGUCUAGAUUACCUGUGCACACUCAGGUAAAGAGAUAUGUAAGUCCCAUCCGGAACCGAAAUUGACAACAAACAUGGCGGUUUCCGUCUUAUUUUGGGUGUUAUAUUUGACUUUAAUGUGUCUUGUUGACGUCGGAUGGGGACAGCGGAUUACUCCCCCACCCCCGGGGAACUUACCUGAGGUAUCGAAUGGUAUUGUUUAUAAUCUUCAUCACAUACCAGCCAUUUGUCGUGAGCCGCGAGUGUUGGAUCCAGAUGAAAUCAAAUUUGGGAUUGUUAUCAAGGGCUCCAAAAAAGCUUUGAUGAAAGAUCGAAGUCCGUACAAAGUGUAUGGAAACAUCGAACUGGAUAGCAAGUCGUGUCUGUACAUCGAACCAGGAACCACAUUCCACUUCGGGUCAGGCUAUGGAAUGAUUAUCAACGGCACUUUGAUAGCGAGAGGCAGUGAAAGACCUGGCGGACGGAUCACAAUGACUAAAGAUCCUGAGGGGAUCAACACAAUUGGGAGUAGUUCCCCUUUCCCAACUACGGCCCGAUUGGUGGAUGGUAACACUACAAGGGACGGCAAAUUGGAACUCUAUUACCAAGGAAAAUGGAGAGGCGUUUGCACUAAUUAUCUCAACUACUCCAAGAUCGAUGCCAAUGUGACAUGUAAACACCUUGGAUUCGUGUGGGGUAACUUCACUUACCAUUCCUUUUCCCGUAACAAGACAGAGUACAUGUUUUACCCACGCCCUGAGUGUACUGGCACCGAAACAGACCUGUUUGACUGCCCAGGAAAUAAACGUGUCAGUGUGGGCACGCACAUUUGUGAUGGACAACAGCUGAUCGGUUUUGAGUGUAUAGGUAUCCGAUCCGAUCUGGCUCAGGACUACUGGCGUGGGCUGGAGUUUUACAACACCACAGUAGAAUCAGUCAAGGAAGGCCUUAUCGUCCGUAAUGAGCCGUUGUCUUGGUUGGAAUACCUGGACAUAUCCUAUGCAGGGCGAGACAUCAACAGAAAUGAUGGCAUGAUACAUGGUCGGGCCAGCAUCAGUGCCAGUCCUAGUGUGCCCUUGAUGAACAAUGUGACCAUCACCAAUGGGGCAUAUGAUGGCCUCAAUAUGACGGAAGUCACUGGACGUAUACAUAUAGCCAACAGUACUGUGUCCAACAACAGAGGUUAUGGAGCGUUUAUCCAGAGUAAUGUUGGUCGUGUGUUGAUCAACAUGACUGAUGUGGAAAACAACUGGGGUGAUGGAGUGAAGAUGUACAUGACCAACUUUACAAUCCAUGAUUGGGACCGUGACUUUCCUGCUGACAAGUCGUUUUGUCGGUCAGCUGACCUACUGUACCAGACCUAUCCAGUUCUCAUACAUGAAAACAUUAUUGAUGACUAUGGGAAUAAACCAGAAUGGGAUGGUCGAGACUGCAGCAGGACAUUCCGUGGGUAUGGGAUGCGGAUAACUGUCCAUUUCCUGUUGAUGGAAAGAGCACCCUCGGUGUCCGGGUUUAUGACUGUCUAUGAUGGGGAAGAUGUCGGUGGGAAAAUUUUGGCCACAUUUCCCUUUAACAAUGGAACAUUUCCCCAAUCCAUCACCAGCGACACUGAUGCUGUUACUGUCCGCUUGAACUACACUUUACCAGCGAAGCCCACAGACCCAAAGAAACAAUGGUGUGAUAUCUUCCGUCCUUGUGUACGUUUUCUCCUGGAAGUAACAGCUGCAUCUGGUCCAGCAGAAGAGUUCCGAUUCAUAAACUCAAGUGCAUCUAACAACAAUGGCUAUGGGGUCAACAUCCAGGACAUGAGAAGCAAAGUCUUCUUUAAUUCAUCUGUUGUUUCGGAUAACAAGUACGGUGCUGGUAUACGGAUCUACCAAGGUGCCGGUGAGGUCGCUAUAAACAACACUGUUGUGGAGCGUAACUCACGGUCAGGUGUCAAUAUCACAUACUCUGGAGGCUAUCAGCUAGUCAACAACUCAAAGGUCAUCGACAAUAACGGAUACGGAAUCAUUUCUGAAUAUGAACGCCUAAACAAGACAAGAUUUGAACUUCUCCAAAAAAUUGAAAUCGUCCAUAGCCAGUUUGAAUUCAACCAAUGGAUUGCCCUACGUAUAGGAAAUUAUUGUCGUGGUGGACAAAUUCUUGUGAAUGAAAGCCAUUUUAAUUUCAACUUUGAUGAGGCCAUAGAGUAUCUAUCAUGUAACGUGUCAACAAAUGUUCCUACUAACUUUAGUGUGGCAUUUAACAUGUUUAAUGGAAACGUACGUCAUGGGGUUCUCAUGUUCCCUAUGGUCAACACAAUCGGACGAAUGACAAAUAACACCUUUAAAAACCACAGUCUUGGUGCAGUGAGAAUAGACAAUGGCUACGACCUGCUCAUCAGUAAAUGGUAUUCAGAUUUUGAAGUAAAAUAUGAAAUAUUUGAAAACAUCUUCAAAGAAAAUUAUGGACGCUAUGCUAUUAGUAUGCGGUUAACACAAAGUAGUCCAUUUCAGAAAAUUGUCUUCAGCUUUAAUGCUGUAAUAGACAAUUAUAUCAAUGACACUUCUGUGUACCUUAAUCCCAGAAACCGUGCAAAUGCUCCAAUAAUUGUAUCAUCAGGCAACAUUUUAGUGCAGAGAAAUAGAAUCUCCAACCCUCAUUCAGUGCGUGAUGUGGCCACUCACCUCGUUGAUCCAUCAGUCAUAAUUAAGGGGGAUUUGAACUGGUGGGAAACUAUCAACCAUGAGUACAUAUAUGGCCGGAUUUUUGACAAUGAUGAUCGCUACAACUUGGCAGAAAUAGAAUAUUAUCCAGCAUUACGAGAUAACUGGCUAUAUGGACCAUUGUCUACAGCAGAGUAUCCAAAAUACCGCUGGGUUUUCUUGCGACCUGGUAGACGUAUCGGUGGUGUCUUAGACACACCAGGUUUUACAACAGAUCCCAGUGUACAGACGUAUCAUGUUGAUAAGGACAUUUUUAUCCUACCUGGUGUUACUUUGACCAGUCCUCCUGGCACUACCCUAGAGUUUGAGAAUUCUAUUGGGAUGGUUAUUCAUGGAAGACUUAAGGCUGAUGGUGGAUCAGCAAAUACUCCUAUUGUCUUCCAGUUGAAGGAUACCUUGGAUGCCCUCGCAGUAGAAAACAGGACGGCAUCUGUGCGCCUAGUGGACGGUACAGACGCGUAUGAGGGACGGCUCGAGGUGUUCCUGGAUGAUGAGUGGGGCACUGUCUGCAAAGACGGCUGGACACCACUAGAUUCCAGUGUAGUCUGCCAGCAGCUAGGUCUAACCUUUAACCCUGAAUUUGGAGAGUCUCAAAUCAAGGAUCCUGGAUUGAUUUCAUCACAGAAAAUGCAUAUGAGUGAUGUUGAUUGUGACCAACUGGACACUGACCUCAUUAAGUGUCGGUCACUCAGAGGUGACCAGUUCUCCUGUAAUCCAAGCAAUGUUGUCUUUUUACGCUGUCAAGUUCCUACCUGGUCAGGUGUGACAAUCCCAGCUGUGCCAACGGGAGGGAGCCAAGAAGACACCCAGAUUCGCCACGUGAUCAUCCGUAAUGCUGGACUGUUGGAUUAUGAAGAGAUGAAAUAUACGCCAGCACUCAGAAUUGAUUACAUGUUCUAUAAGAUGACAGGUCUCCAUGUUCUCAACUCAGCUUCGGAUGGCGUUGUAGUCAGAUACAGUAACCCACACACAGAAAACUUGUUUGAAUUCUGUAGAUUUGACAACAACCUCGGAAAUGGAUUUCUGACUCGGAGUCCCUACCUGCGAAUAUUUUACACAACAAUGAAUGGAAACUUCAAAUCAGGAUUUGCAUAUGACCCUUUCUUCACUGAAUAUGAGGCUCUCAGUGUUAGAAAUUUCAUUUACAGGAACAGAAUAAUAUCUUUGACACAAACACCUUAUUAUAGCCUUGGUGACAAUUCUAUGGUUUUUAUCACUACCUCAUCAGGGUCAGGAGAGGAAAGACAGACAUAUGACAUGGAGAUCAGUGUCACAUAUCGCUAUCGUAUCACUCUUCAGCUCCUUGACUACAACCCUCUCACUAACAUUGAGUCUGUUACAAUAUACGAUUCCAGCAAAUCGGGUAUCAACGACAGAACUAAGAAAUGGGAGAUUGAGAAGGAUUUGGUUGACUUUCCUAUUGUUUCUACCUCUACCCGAAUCACCAUCCGUCUUGUUGUUAGUGGAGUGAGAACCGAUAGACUUACUUUUGCUGCACAUUCACGUGUGUAUUCUGCUUCGUUCCCAUUGUCAAGCAUUUAUGUGUACAACUCUACCAUGGCUAACAACUAUCAGGGCAUUCUAACGAAACAUUACAACAACCCAUCAAAUGAGAAAAGUGAGAUCUUCCAUCGUGUUAAAGAAGAAGAAAUCAAAUUCGUCUUGGUUCAGGUACUUCGGAACAAAAUGGAAGCAAUGUAUAUUCCAAGUCUUACAAAAUACCAUGAAAAUUUCUUACCAUCUCUGGAAGAAAUGACUCGUCCAGAACGUAUUGGUGUCAUCAUGUAUAAGAUAGAGCGGACCAAGUUUCUGGACAAUGGAAAAGGUGUGGUGGGAGACCAUAAUCAUGUAGACUUUGCGAAUAAUGUCUGGAGAUGGAAUAUCACCGAUUGUGAAUUCAGAAAUAUUGCUGACGGUGGGUUUGAUAUUGAGCUACCACGUGUCAAUGACAUGCUGGAAAGGAAAUUUCAUUCCGUAUUUGUACAGGAAUCAAAAUAUUUGAACAAUCCACAAUUUAGAUUUUCCAUAAAUGGUUACUAUGCCAAUGUCACCAUACUCAAUAAUAUUCUGUCUGGUAAUGUAUGUCCUCGGGGCCUGGUAACUAUUGGAGGGAUGGAAAAAGAAAUCACAUUUCAUCACAACAGCCUUGUCCAGAACACGGCCAAGUAUAUGUUUGAGUUAAACACACACAGUCACUCAGAGUAUUCGGGUACCGUGAGUGGGUUGUUCUCCUUCAACCAGUUACAGAAUAACAACCCUGCUGCAAAUCGUUUUUCUACUGAUAGUACAAACACUCCACAAACUUACUCUGUUGCGUUACGAGGUGUGCAGCAGAUCAAAGUCAAUAGGAAUCUUAUAGAUAAUCCCAACAUGCAAUAUGAGCUGGUAGCCGCCAUUUCUUCUCUCUCCCUCGACACGGUGCUGGAUGUCACGGAAAACUGGUGGGGCACCCAGUACCAGAGUGCCAUCCAGAAGAGAAUUUUUGAUUUUGAUGACUGGAAUAACUAUGCUAUAGCAAACUAUUUCCCACAAUUGACAGCUGGAGAUGUAAAUAGUCUUCCAGCGACAGGCACUGAAUUUGAACCUCCUCUUGACCUUGAAAGACUUGGAGGUAGAGUGCAUUCUGACCUAUCUCUUCCAUACAAGGGUACUCCAUACACAGUAGUCUCUGAUCUAACUGUAAUGCCAGGAGCAAAACUGGUCAUUGAACCAGGAACUAUCAUUGAGUUUCAUCCAAAUGUUGGUAUACUUGUUCUAGGUCAAAUUGUUGCGAGGGGACUUCCUUUUGCUAGAAUAACAUUGCGACCUAUAGCCACUAACAAACGUGUGAAACGGGCCGUACCAAACACUCGUAGCACUACAGUCAGGUUACUCAGAGAUGCAGCAGGCAAAAUACCUGAAAAUGAGGGAUUUCUGGAACUUUUCAAUGUCUCAUCAUCUUCAUGGAACCUCAUGUGUGACAGUCAUUUCAAUGAGAAGAUGGCUGAGGUAGUGUGCCGUAGUCAGGGUAUGGAGACUGUGAAUGUGGAUGUUCGUUUCACACACCUCUAUGAUCACUUUAUCUAUGGCAAACCCAUGUAUUUCCUGAAGGAGUUUUGGAGGUAUUCGUACUACUGUAUAGGUGAUGAAGCUGGUCUUGAUAACUGUAUGAAACGGGUUAACUACGACAUUCAGAAAUGCAUUCAGGCAUCAAACUAUACUUAUAUAAGAUGUGGUAACAGGAACCUGGACUUGGGUUAUCAAUACUGGGGUAACAUCAGAAUUUCACCGCCAUCAUACGAAGAAGAUAUUAAACCUAUGAUAAAAUUUGAGGACCGUUCAGUUCUGGAAUAUAUUGAUAUAUAUGGUGCAGGAAUGCUUCAUGGUGAAAAAGUAGGGGCGGUUCAAGCUACUUACGACACCCCAGUCAUCAGUUACAUCAAUAUCACAGGCUGUCUGCUGAACGGACUGGAUAUGGUAGCUCCAAGACAUGAAGUGAAGGUACAGACACUCAACGUCUCGGGUAAUUUGGGGUAUGCUGUCAACAUGUUGAUUCUAAAUGGUGAGUCGAGGGAUAUUGACGUAUCAUCAUUUACUCCGCUCAAACUCAACACAGUCCCCUACAACAUACAUGGACUGGUGGACAUCUGUAAGAUGGAAAAGGAGAUAACCAUUGAUAACCGUCUGAUCGUGUUCUACAAGUACUCCCAGACUGCUCUGGACUGUGUUAAGAUUGUUCGGUCAAAGAACUCUCUUCGACGAGUCUCUCUCAGGUUCCUGCAGUUCAACAUGUACCAUGAUGAUUUUUAUCGUAACACAAUUGAAAUAUUUGAUGGAAAGACUGUAUCAGUAGCAACAGAGAUGGGAGAACUGACAUACAACAGCAGCAAGUAUGACAUCUCGAGACGUUAUCUGAGUUCUGAUGAUUCCAUCUCCAUCCACAUACAUGCCUCACCAUCCUUUGGGGAGUAUGGAUUCAUCGCUGAGGUGGUUGCCUUCCCACUAUCAGGAUUAACCUACCCAGACAGCAGUUACAACCACAUCCUUAAGCAUAUCGAAAUGAAAGGGAAUGAAGAUGGAGCCAUCUUGUACAAGAAUGUUGGUGAAGUGAAUCCUUCUUUAUAUGUUGAUCAAUGUUGGAUUGAAGGAAAUGGGGUGGCCAUCUUGAAUUUGACCUCUCCUCCUGUCAUAGACAUCAGUCUACAGGACACGAAGAUCUUCAUUUUUGAACAUAAUUUUGUGAAUCGUAAUUUAGGAGGAAUGUAUGUAGAUUCUAUAACACAAUCCGUGGCAACACACAUCCGGGGAAAUAUAUCCAACAACGUGUUUUCAUUUGGUACACACGGCGAAACUCUGAGGAUUACAGGCCAUCACUAUCAGCGUUUCCGUCUCCACGAAAACUACAUCUUCAACAACACCGCAGGCGACUUCAUAGACACAGUCUAUAUAGAUAACGUUGGUGUGAACGCCACAUUUAAUGUCCUGGGCAACAACACCGCCUAUCACAUUGUGGAGGUGUUUGGUGAGGAAAACACCGAAGCCACACAGAUGUUUCUGGGAAAUGUUUGGUUUGAGAACAACACCACUGCUAAGUAUCGAUCUGUGUUCAAAGUCGGCAGAGGUAAACCGCUUAUCAAUAACAACUACUUUGUCAAUCUGGAGAGCGACUUUGAAAUGGAGGCCAAUCCUAAACAUAUGAUCAAGGGUGUAGCAGACAAUGCUAUAGAGGCCACACAGAACUGGUGGGGAUCCAAUAGGCCUGCCUACAUCAACGGAAAGAUUUGGGACCAAUCUGACAAUGACUCCCUUGUUUCCAUCACCUUUGACCCCUAUAGAGUGACCAACCAAUCUAUUAUAGACGGAAAAUGUGCACCUGGUUGGAGGAUCCACGAUAACCGUUGUUACCGAUACAUGGGAGCUGCUUUACCAUAUUAUGAGGCCAUCAAUUUCUGUCGAAGGGUGAAUGGAUUUCUGGCAGAGGUGAAGGACCGUGAAAACUUUAUCCGUUACCUAAUUCGUACCACUGAGAGUGUAUACAAAGAAACACUGCGUGUGUGGAUAUAUGCCGAAGUCGCUGUUGGGUUCUGUAGCUCCUUUGAGAAUAACUUCAUAGUGUCAGAACAGGAAUGUCAUCGCAAAUUCCUACCAUUUGUUUGUGAGAAAGAUCCGUACAUUUUACCGCCGGGAUCUGAAGUCCUCACCUUGGUCAUCAUUAUUUGUGCCAGUGUGUUUGGUGUAGCAAUCAUCAUCAUUGCUGUCCUCCUCAUCUUGUGGCGUGUCAAGUCUAAGCAGCGAAAGGAUGAGCAGUUUGAACGCACACAGUCGAUCAGAAUGUCAAAAACAUCACUGAACAAAUCUAGAUCAACCAUUGCCAUGUUGGACGAUAAAUAUUCAGUGUCUGGUGUGUCAUCCCGAAGUAGAUACUCGGAUGAAAAGUCAAUGAUGGCAUCUGCAAUGAGUCUUACUAGUGAGAAACGAGGGUACCGUGACAGCAGAUAUGAUUCUAAUGGAUAUAUUGGAUCACGUGACAGGUUGCAUGAAAAUGGGCGGGCAGCAUCACGUGACCGCUUGGACAGUGACCGUCGUCUUGGAAACAGGGAUGACAGAUUAAACAGUAGUAAUAGGAGACUUGGAUCAAGAGAUAGACUCAAUAACACUGGUAGGCAUGGGUCACAAGAUGGAGUUAAGGAUGAUCGAAUGUAUGGAUCUCGUGACAGGCUCAAUGAGCAACAACGGUCAAAAUCUCGGGACAGACUGGAUGAAAAGCAGCGGUCUGGUUCAAGGGAACGCUUGAAUCGCUCAGAGGAAAGACUUGAUAGAGUUUUACUUGAUCGACAAACCCGUUCAAAUCUUCAUCGGCGUGAUAACAAGAAAAAUGGCACAAUUCAGAAAAAUGGUACAGUUCCUAAAGAAAAACAAUCUGGCUCACCCCAAGAAAGGAAGCAUCUUGUUGCACAUGAUCUUGACAAUCAAGACACUGAUGUUGGCUACACAGAUGAUGGGUUUUCAGAAAAUGAGUUUGAUGAUUUCACAACUACUGCUGAUGAAGGUGGAAAGGACCCUAAUGAUACAGAUGCUGCAAGCACAGUGAUCAACUUUCGAACAACUCAGAAACCACCCCAUGUUGAGAAUGAAAUAGACUCCCUCCACAUGAAGCCUUCGAUGAAUGAUUUAUAUCAAAAUCACACAUUUGCCAGCACGCCUAGUGUUGAUCUGAGCGGUGCUAAGGCACUUACCAGUUUCCAUCAACCGGAGAGUCCCGGUGACCGUCCACCUACUCCACCUCCUCCACUUCCAGUUGAUCACUAUCCAUUAAAAUCACGAAACCAGUCUACAGAUGAGCCUGUCCCACAUCCAAGGCAACGACCAACGCCAGUUCCAAGGUCAUUGCAAAAUAGUAGGGAAAAGAUGGAUCAUGGUAGUGCUUCAGAGAGAAGUGGACCAAUCAACCCUGCCCUCAGAUUGCAACAGGCACCAGGCAGACCUCCGCUGCAUCUGAGUAGGGAGAGUCUGAAUUAUCUUGAUAAUCGACGGGAAUGGAUGACUGAUCAGAUGCCAGAGAAACAAGAGGAUAGUGAAGAGGAAACGGAAACUGAAACAGAAUCAGAGACAGAAAGCAGUGAGGAAAGCUAUGAAGCAGAGGAAAAAUUCACAGAUAAAAAAAAUCUUCCGCAUCCAGUAACCUAUCAGUCCGACCCGCAUGCCAGGGACAAACAGUCGAGAAAACUUGUAUGAUCCAAAAACCUACAUUCCUCCUCCCUACGAACCUCCCCCAUAUGAAGCCCCUUCAUAUGGCAAUUUACCUGAUAAUAAUUACAGCCAAAGGAGUCGCAGUCGGGAGAACAUUCCUCAGUCAUUCAGUACAAUUGAUGGUGGACAGGACUACCAUCCCCGGGACUACACUUCAUCGCCUGUUGUUAACCCUGGAAGUAUAAAUUUAGGUUUUAAUAGAAGUCGUGAGAAUAUACCUGAAGCUAUGAACAACAUGGACUAUCUAAAGGAUGUUCCUUAUGGUGGUGCUAGUAGCGAGAACAUUUAUCAGCCAGGCUUUGACAAUAGUGCCUUCAUUGCUAGUCCCAAGCACAGCCCAACAGAGCCAAUGGGAAGUGCUAAUGAUGUUCGAGGGAGUAACAGUUAUCUCAACCAACUGUCCAGGAGUCGGGAAAAUCUCCACGGCUACCCUGGCCGUGGUAACCAAGGCCACAUGGGUAGUCGAAAUGAUGUUAGCAGAAGUCGACAGAGUUUAGAUCAUCUGUCACGAAGUCGGGAAAACAUUCACGGGAGUAUGUCAAGUGUUCAGAGUCACCAUCGGAGUAGAGACAAUCUGGGAGUGGUGUACUUAGACAGUGAUAGGUCACAGCCAGGUACACGAGCACAGCCGAUAGAAACGGAAAUCUGACGGCCAAUCAUACCUGUCAAGUAACAAUGUCAUGUUUUAAGCUCAAACAGUGAAGAAUUCAGUGAUGUAUGUUGAAUGUGGUUAUCCAGUUGUCAGAUUGUUUGAUUGAAUCUUACAUUGGAUGUAAAAUAUUUAAAUAUAUACCAAUGGUUUACAUGUUACAAAAAAUGCAAUUGAGUGUGUAAAUAUGAUGUGAUUAAGAUUUAAUUGGUACUUUUUUUUUUUAUAUUUUUACAUAUUAAUUUUAAUUGAUGUACAUGUAUUUAUAUUGUCUGAAGUUAAGGUGCAUGUAUACAACCAUAACAUUGGGCAAUAUUUUAUGAUUUUUAAAUAGAGGGAUACACAAAAAUACUAAAAUAUACAAAGGAGGUAUGUCAGCAAUAUUUAUAACAGCUUUAGAUAUAUUUUUAUCAGAUUGAACCUUUCCCUAAAAAUGUUAUUUUAUCUAGAGUCAUCAAUUGACAUGACUUCUCAUGGAACAAACUCAAUAUCAGUCAUAUUCAUUGUAAGUAGAUUUUACACAUAUUCUGUUAAUGAGUUUUGUAUUGCAUUAUGUAUCAUAUUUCAAUUUAAUAAUUUAAAUAUGUGGAAAAAACAAAUUCAAACUAAAAACUACUUUGUCUUGUAAGAGGUAUUCACCUUACACAAAUAAAUAAAUUGGAAGUAAAUAUCUGCAGAUCGUAACCGAUGACCGUAAUAUAUCUAAAAAAUUAUUACUUUUAAUUUCUUAAUUGUAAUAAACAUAUUCAUCAUAGAGUUACAGGAUUUUAACUGCCACAACUCCUUUACAAUAAAUGUAUUGUAUUUUUUUUUUUUUUUUUUUGACUAAUGCGUUGAUGAUCAGUGAAAUCAAAGGUAAGCGUUCCUGACAUCACAUUCAUGUACUUUAUUUAUAAUUAAUUACUCUACACUGGGAUGUUCUCCUGACGCAAAUCAUAAUCCUAGCUGAGUAUUCGCUACAUUGUAGAGAAUUAGUUAUUAAAGAAAUAGGGAAAAUUCAAUCAGGUGUUACCAGUAUAGGUUAAACCUUUAUUGGUGAAAAGUGUUCUAAUAAAAACUGGUCGGAUCAGUUGUAUGUUAUUUGUGUAUAGUUGAUAAUCAUUAUACAAUGUUAACAAAGAUACUAAUGUUUUAAGUAAUAAUAGUUUUUAUAUAAUUGUACAUAACUAAUCGUAAUCAUUAUUGACCAUCAAGUCAAUGUAAAAGAUCUGUGAUACAUCAUUAAUUUUCACACGAGUGUUUCUCUUUUGUACUUUAUGUUAUGUAAGCGGAAUAGUUGCGAGACAGUUGCCAUACAUUUACUAGCAGUAUAUCUGAUAUGCUUUGUAAAAGAGUAGAGGUUGUUUAGUAUGAUAUACUGAAUAGAUUGUAAAACAUGAUCUGUGUUGGUGGGAUUCAUAGUUCCCCUAUGUUUCGUCCCUCCUACCCCCAUAUGAUAAACUAGAUUUUUUUAGGCUGGUGUAGUUCCUCACUACACCCUGUUUGAAUACUUCUAAUAAUUAAGAAAGUGCUUGUUUCUUUUAUUUAGAAAUUUAAAAUUUAGUGAUAUUGUCAAUUUUGUACCGAGACUGUCAAAUUGUUUUAAGUAAAAAUGUUUUGCAAAUAAAGUUUCGUUCAUUCCAGCAGAUACAGUUAAAGUGGUAAUAUUUUUUUCCGGUGAAUGCAAUACUUGAUUAUGCAAUAUGCAUUUUAAAACUGUUGAACAUAACACAGGACAAUCUUGGUAUAAUCUGAUUAAAUCUAGAUCUUUCAUUCCUUUUCAAUACGUUCCAUGGAGUGGAAUUAAAGAGAUCUGGUUUUGAUCAGAUUGAUCUAGGUAGUUUGUGUGUUAGUUUAUACUGGGUGUUUUAGUUUAUACUGGGUGUUUUAGUUUAUACUGGGUGUUUUAGUUUAUACUGGGUGCCUUGUAUUGUUCUUAGUGCUUGAUAACAUUUCCUAUAACUAUCCCCAGUGUUACGUUCUAAACUCUCAUGUAUCUGUUUCAUCACAAUGUGCAUUUCUAUUUUUAUAACAAUUACCUAUAUUGUCAUUUCUGUCGUCGUGAUUAAAAUGUAUUUGUGUGAAAUUGUUUUAUAUACCGAUUAUUUCCUUUAAAUAGCAGGCUAAUAAAACAUAUCAAAUUAU